AUGGGGAUCAGUAAGAAAGCAGGAUUGUCCGGGAAGAACUACAGAGUCGUCGGAUAUGGAUCUCGAUUCCCUCUCGUGGUGGUUCUUAUUUUCUGCUCGGUUGUUGCGCCGUUUCUCUUCUUCGUCGGCCGCGGAAUCUACAUCACCACGGUAACCGAUGAAAACAAACUCUCCGCAAUUGUCCAGAAUCAGAGGCUGGCAUUGCAAAAUGUAAAAUCUUUACUCACUAAAGAGGUGCUAGAAGUUAUUAAGGCCAACACUGAUGAUUUAGGGCCACUAAGUCUUGAUUCUUUUAGGAAAAAUAACCUUUCUGCAUCUUGGAAAUUUGUUGGACAAGAACUCCAGGAUGAGAAUGCUGCUUCAUCUCAUGAGGCUGAUAAAUCAGGUGCAAUUAUUAAACAAGAAGCACCUAGGAUUAGAGUGGAUAUUUCUUCAGGUGAUUUAAUUUCUCUCGAAACUCUUUGUUCUUUUCUGAUGUUUCUUAUUGCACUAACUUCUGUCUUGUGGAAUGCUUUUGCAGAUGUCCAAUCCCAUUCCUCUGAUACACCUGCUAAAGCAGCUAGAAGGCAAUUGAGGGAGAAAAGGCGUGAAAAACGUGCUGCUGAUUUAGUAAAACAAGAUGAAGAAGUAACUUUGAAGCUUGAAAAUGCAGCUAUUGAACGUUCUAAGUCGGUUGAUUCUGCAGUUCUUGGGAAAUACAGUAUAUGGAGGAAAGAGAAUGAUAUGGAGAAUACUGAUUCAACUGUUCGAUUGAUCCGUGAUCAAAUGAUCAUGGCUAGGGUGUAUAUAAGUCUUGCAACAAUGAAGAAUAAGCUUGACUUGGCCCGUGAACUUCAAAAUAGACUGAAAGAAAGUCAGCAUGCAUUAGGAGAAGCUGCUUCUGAUUCUGAUCUUAGUCGCAGUGCGGGUGAAAAAAUUAAAGCUAUGGGCCAAGUGCUUGCGAAAGCUAGAGAACAACUGUAUGACUGCAAGCUGGUCACUGGGAAGCUCAGAGCAAUGCUACAAUCUGCUGAUGAGCAAGUGCGAAGUUUGAAGAAGCAGAGCACAUUUCUCAGUCAGUUGGCUGCCAAGACAAUUCCAAAUGGAAUCCACUGUUUGUCAUUGCGGUUAACAAUUGAUUAUUAUCUUCUUGAACCAGAAAAAAGAAGCUUCCCCAGAAUGGAGAAUUUGGAAAAUCCAAACCUAUAUCACUAUGCCCUCUUUUCUGACAACGUUCUUGCUGCCUCUGUUGUUGUCAACUCAACCAUAAAGAAUGCUAAGGAACCUGAGAAGCACGUUUUCCAUCUGGUGACUGACAAAUUAAAUUUUGGAGCAAUGAACAUGUGGUUCCUGCUGAAUCCUCCUGGAAAAGCUACGAUUCAUGUUGAAAAUGUUGAUGAAUUUAAGUGGUUAAACUCGUCGUAUUGUCCAGUUCUAAGGCAGCUUGAAUCUGCUGCCAUGAAAGAGUACUACUUCCAGGCAGCUCAUCCCACGACACUUUCUGCUGGUUCUUCUAACCUGAAGUAUAGGAAUCCCAAGUACCUUUCAAUGCUCAACCAUCUGAGGUUUUAUCUUCCACAGGUGUAUCCGAAGUUGGAUAAAAUUCUGUUUCUCGAUGAUGAUAUAGUUGUCCAAAAAGACCUGACUGGACUAUGGGCUGUCGAUCUGCAUGGAAAAGUUAAUGGUGCCGUUGAAACUUGUGGUGAAAGUUUCCAUCGCUUUGACAAGUAUCUCAACUUUUCUAAUCCUCAUAUUGCUCGGAAUUUUGACCCCAAUGCUUGUGGUUGGGCCUAUGGGAUGAACAUGUUUGACCUUAAGGAGUGGAAAAAGAGGGAUAUCACUGGCAUAUACCACAGAUGGCAGAAUUUGAAUGAAGAUAGGCUUCUUUGGAAGCUGGGAACUUUACCUCCUGGGCUGAUCACAUUCUAUGGGUUGACACAUGCCCUUGAAAAGUCUUGGCAUGUGCUUGGCCUUGGUUACAAUCCAAGUAUUGAUCGCUCUGAAAUUGAGCACGCAGCUGUAAUACACUACAAUGGCAACAUGAAACCAUGGCUUGAGUUGGCCAUGACAAAGUACCGCGCAUACUGGACCAAGUAUAUCAAGUAUGAUCAUCCCUAUGUUCGGCAUUGCAAAUUGAGUGAGUGA